CUGUCACACGCGAUUAUCCUUUCCGGAUUUCUAACGUGGCAUUAUAAAUUUUUUGUGUGAUACUACAUUAUCUGUGCGCAUCAUUUGGAUUCAAGGCCAAAAUCAAAGUAUCGUACGUUAUCUUUCCAGAUUGACUGUGAAAAGAAGAAUCAUAGCCGAAGACCGUAGUCAAUCUCGACGUUGUGACCGCUUCAGAUUUAAGGUCGAUCCGGAUCUGCAUAAGCGUGAGCACCGACUCGACCGCUAUUCAUUUAUAAGCUCGAGUGAGAAGUUGCGACCACCGCGUCGUUCGAAGUUAAUAACACAAGGAAAAGGAAGUCACGCGAUUGAGCUGCUUGGUAAUCUAACAGCAACGACUGGAGCAUGGCUGACGAUGGAUCUGACACAUCUAAAAGGGGUGAUAUCCUAGGGGACAGCAAUGCCGACAGCAAAGUGCCAGAUGAAACCGAAUGCGAUGAUGCUGAUAAAACUCCGAUCACGAUAACCACUACGAAAAAUGCUUUAAUAACGACGCAACUGGGACCAUGCGAUGCCUAUCCGCAUCCUGUCAAAAUUUCGAUCAUGGGUGCAAGGAAAGUUGGAAUGGCUUGUGCUAUCGCAAUUCUGAUGAGACAUAUAGCGAGUGAGAUCUGUUUGAUCGAUCAAAAUUCAGACAAAGCUUCUGCCGAAGCCGAGGACAUUCAGCAUGCUGGUAUCUUUCUGGGAUGCCCUCUGGUAGUUGGCACAUCAGAUAUCUACAAAGUAAAAGACUCGACAGUCGUAGUAAUUGCGGUUUGUGAAAAGAAACUUGAAGAGGAGGUGAAUGUUAAGCACAACAUCGAGGUAUUCAAGAAGAUCAUUCCUAUAAUUGCAAAGUUGGCUUGCAAGGCGGUGUUACUAGUUGUGACUCAACCGAUCGACGUGAUGUCGUACAUCACUUGGAAGUUGUCCAAGUUUCCUUCAAGCAGAGUGCUUGGCACGGGGACUCUGCUUGAUAGCUGCAGGUUUCAGGAUUUACUGAGUCGGAAGUUGGGACUGGCGCGAACGUCAAUCAACUGUAUGACUAUCGGUGCGCAGGGCGACACAUCUGUUUCCAUAUGGUCGAGCGUUCACGUGGCGGGCACGAAGAUACGAGACAUAAACCCACGAAUGGGAGAGGCGGAUGAUCCCGAGAAGUGGCGUGACAUUUCCGAAGCUGUAAAUAAAACCGACACGAAGCUUAAUCGGAAGAAGGGUGAGGGAGGACCGAAUUGCUGGGCUCUCGGCUUCUGCACCGCUGAGAUCGUCGAUGCCAUCGUCAGGAAUACUAAAGCCGUGUUGCCAGUGUCGACGUACAUACAUAGUUGUGCCCACGGGACCGAUAAAGACGUGUACAUGUCGGUACCCUGUGUUCUCGGUCGGGAAGGUGUGUACGCCACGGUGCGACAGAAGCUGAACGAUCAGGAAAAGACGGCGGUACAACGGUGCGCCGACAGCAUCCGCGGUGUGCUACGUGAGUGUGGCAUUCUUCGCGAGUCGAGCGACAUUGAAGAUAAAUCUACUUGCUACAUUUCCGUUGUUAACUUCAUUCAUCUCCUGUCAAAGAUAUUUUUUUCGACAGUCUGUUUUUCCAGACGUAUCCUAUCGUAUAUAAAUUUUAAUGACGAAACGUCAAAUUUUGUGAUUUCAAUUAGAAAUAUUCACGAUGUCAAGCGACUUUUGGUUUGUCUAAAUUAUUUAGUGUUAUAUCUCGAAGUGGAAAAAUAUCCGUGUAUCGCGGAUAUGACCGAAACGAGAAAGAAAUCACCUGAGGUAGCCAGCAACACGGUAACUGUUUUACUGGCUAAACAGGCAGAACAUCUUGUGGAUGGCCAUCGUGUCAAGGUCGUUGUCGUGGGCAGUGCGCCUAAGGGUGUUGCGGUCGCUAUAGCGAUUCUAUUCAAACGCCUUGCCUCCGAGCUCGUCCUUAUAGAUGUGAACGAGGAUCUCGCCAAGGCGGAAGCAGAAGACAUCAGCCAUGCGGCAGCAUAUCUCGGCAAUCCCAGGAUUGUCGGUACCAAAGAUUAUGCUUGUGCCAGAGACGCAGCGGUAUGCGUGAUCACAGUUGGAAGCCAGUCUCGUGAAGAUCUGCGGCCAGCCGAUUAUCUAGAGCAUAAUCUGAAAAUUUUCAAGGACGUCAUUCCUAAUGUUUCCAAGUACGCGCCGAACAGCGUUCUUCUCAUUCUUUCAAAGCCAGUUGACAUUCUAUCGUACGUUGCUAUGAAGCUGUCUGGAUUUCCACCAAAUCGUGUUAUAGGAUUAGGAACGUUUCUAGACAGCUGCAGAUUUCAGUAUUUUAUCGCUCAAAAACUCGGACUUUCAGCAAAUGCGAUUCAAGCGUUAAUCAUUGGCGAGAGCGGACCAGCUUCUGUACCGGUCUGGUCCGCUGUUGCGGUAAUGGGCAUGCCUUUAAAAGAUAUAAAUAAAGAGAUCGGCACAAGAACGGAUCCGGAAUCCUGGGGCGAUUUACAUGCGAAAGUUGUCAAUACCGAUAACGAAUUGAUUCUCAAGAAAGGCUAUCACAGUUGGGCAGUUGGAAUCUGUGCAGGCGAAAUUGUUGAUGCUAUCGUGCGCAAUACUUGUGCUUGUUUUACUGUCUCUACGUUCAUGAAGGGCUGCCAACACGGACUGGAAAAGGAUAUCUUUACGUCAUUACCUUGUGUAGUAGGGAGAAACGGUGUACAGUCCUUUAUUCGUUUGUUGUAUACAUCUAAGGAGCAAGAAUUGAUGACGAUAUCUUUCCGAAGAAUUUAUGAGGCGCAAAAAUUGAUCCUCGAUAAGAUCGAAUAAAUAAAAAACAGAAUUAAAGUACUUGUUGUACAAUUUUAUAAUUAACAUUAUUCAGUUGUAACCUAAAGUAUUAAAUACUGUCAACAAUUAAUGUGAGUAAAUUAUAUUUUAGUUCUAUGUUU